AUGUCCGAAGCACUUGAUUGCUUCCGUGACGCACAUUCACACGAACCUCUCAUAACGGAUCGGAUCUGGCUAGGAGCUUCACUGAUAUUUUUCACAGCAAUUUCGUUUGUACUAAAUUUGCUACUAUUAAUCAUUACCGUGAAGAUGCGUAUUUUGGACAAGCGGUUUCAAUAUCACGUUAUCAGCCUCAUAAUUGCCAGCAUCGUAUACUUAUCUGCCGAUAUACUCGAUUUGAUACCAGCCACCGUUGGUGCAGUGCACAUGCCAGAUCCUUGGAAUAUUAUAUUGUCAUCGACAGACAAUCUUGGUUAUUUGGCUCUGAUGUUCACGAACACAAAUGUGGCAAUAGAUCGUUUUAUGUCCUUUUAUCUGAGCAAGGUUCAGCAAAGCCUUGCGUCGAAUAAAACGGCUUAUGCGUUCUUCGCAUCAAUUCCAUGCAUCACGUCGGUCCUGAUUACAGUAAGCAUGGCCUUUGAGGGUUGCUAUAUUCAUACGGAUCCUUAUAAGCUAACGUUUUCGUACCUUUGCAGCACUUGCAUAUUUUUUGGACCCUUGCUUAAUUAUUUUGGAUAUAUAUUUCCUGGUAUCAACUUUCUAUUAUAUGGUUUAAUUUAUGUCGAGAUCCUUCGGAAACAGAUGAGAUUCAAAGGAGUGGCAAAUGCUAAUCCCGAAGAUAGAUCUCUAAGACAGAGAAUUAGCCUGGUGAUUCAGUUUUCUCUCAUAUGUGCAACACAGUUCGCCAGUAGUGUGUGCUAUUACAUUCUACCAAUAUUGUUGCCAAAUAGCGACGUAGCCUUCCAAUUGCCGAUGGUAUUCUCUGUGUUAAACACUAUGGCAAAUCCAGUGGUUACGCUACUAUUGCAAGCAAGAGUUCGAAAGGCUUAUAUGACUAUCAUAAGAAGCCGAAGUAUCAGUUUGAUGAAUAUCUUCUUCAUAUUCCUGAGUCUGGCUUUAUUCGCUUUGUGCAAUGGCUACGUCAGUCCAAAUGUGUAUAGAAGGGUACUGCUGAGAGAAGGAAUUCCUGAAAGGCAGAUUCCAAACAAGGAACUGGAACUGCUUGCCAAACGAAUUGAUCAAGCCAGAAGUGAAUUUGACGUCAAGUUUGCGGAAGCGGAGUUUCAAGUAGCCGUAAGAAGAUCUUAUCGAUGGAGAUUUCCAAGAGUUGAUCAACGACUAGCUCUUACUCAACUCGGGCGAAUGGUCAACGCUUUUAAUCUUCCUAUUGCUGCUGGUUAUAAUCUCUACUACAACAUUAGAAGUGGAUAUCAACGCGAAUCCAUGCGAUACGACGGAGAUUUCUCGAAAAUACACAAAGCCCUUGAAGCUUCGUUACUCAGGGAGGCUGCAAAAUAUCUUUCUCCACAGGAACUCGGACUGUUGGAGCGUCGCAUACGGGAGCUGGAUCAAAGAGAAAGCAGAAAUAUUCAGCUCGCCUACCAACUUACUCGUUCCGAAGGGAUCGCGGGGUAA